GUGACAAAUACGUUAACACAAUUGAGUCACGCUUCCUGUGCAAAGAACGCUUUCUAAAUUAAAUAACAAGGCCUAACAACAAAUAUAUCGUAUGAAUUUAAGUAAUUUUAAAAGUUAAAGUCGAUGUAGAAGAAAGACAAAGUUUUGUAACAUAGUUUAAUAUUUCACCUGAUAGAUCAAUCGAUGCCGCUUUCAUAAUUAAAGGAACCCGACGGGGUACAGGUGAUCUAAUCAUGAAUACUUUAAGGAAAGUAUUGACAGUUGUGUUUUGGGGCUUACUAGCCCUAACAAUAGUGGGAGCUGGACCCUUUUCCUGGAUGAAAAAAGACAAAUUUGAUGAAAUAAUGGACAGAAUGACAGCGGUUACAACAGAGAACUGCCGCUCAAAACCAAGGUCAGAAUUGGAGUUGCCGAAGGAGUCGGUGUCACACGUACCGAUAUAUAACAAACUGCUCAGUAACGUAUAUUUUGCUAACAGAUCAAUGCUGUUACACAUGCAUAAUCUAGCAUUCAACAGGGCCUUCUAUUACAGUUUUAUUUACCAGAGAAUGAACACAUCAGGUGAUUUUGAACAUCAGCCUGGUCUGAUGUACUUGUACAUGUCAGCAGCAGCAGACGUUUCAGCAUCUCCCGGAUGGGUCAACGGCUCAUCCUUGCUUUUUGACAAUAAUUGUACGUAUCCAAAUUGGUAUACCACAGUAGACUUUAACACUACACUUAAGCUGUUUGGUCCAAGAGCUUGGAGGGCUGAUGAUUAUAAUGAACCGACAAACUGGUUACGUGAACCGACAAAUCGUACAAUUGAUGUAGAAGACUAUGCAGCUGGUAGAGUUACUAAUUACACAGAUGAAUCUUAUAAGUAUGCACCUUACACUCGUUAUGAAUACGAUCCAACAGAUGCCACACAAAAGAAGCCACUUUUUUGGUGGCCAGAUAACCAUGGUUACAAAGACUCACUACGUAAAUUUACAUACUCAGUUGGUGUAAAGUUUUCCAACCAGACUGGAAAAUUCACAAAAGAUGACUUUGAAGGUAUUCCAUUUUUCGGACCGCCACAACCAGGACAGACUGAUACCGAUAUCACUUUACCCGUGUUGUUCACACAACCGUACUUUGAUUGUGGACGUUCCAACAGGUGGAUAACAACCAUGUCAGCUCCAGUUGUUGAUUACAUGCCAAGAUACUCUCCAUACAUUCAUCUCAGAAGACCUAGAUUUGUUGCAGUUGUGGGCAUAGAUGGGGAGUAUGAGCGUAUUGAUAUAAAUCAGUGUCCAAUCUCUGAGGGAAAUGAUCCACCUAAUAUGUUUGCUGGUACACAUAGAUGUAGGGAAACUACAAUGUGCGAGCCAAUCAGUGGGUAUGGUUUCCGUCGUGGUGGUUACCAAUGUGUGUGUUUGCCAGGUUACUAUUACCCGUGGUGGCAUGAUGGACCGUUCCCAGGAUGGGAGAUCGAACAGGCAACACAAGAAGAGUACGAGUAUGGUUUUGACUGCCUCAAAGCUGAAGAGAUGCGAGUUGUACCCAAUCAGAUGCCUGAGUUUGUCAGAAAGCAGAAGCGUUCCACUCGUUACACAGCAUCAAAGCUAGAUGAGUUCAAGGUACUUGUCAGUCCAAUUAAUAAUGACAUGUCUGCAUCUCCAAAACUAAGACUGGUUGCCAAGAGGAAGCGCCGUAGCGCGGAUGGAGAAGAACGUGUUGUUGCAGCCACCUUUAGGAAGAAGUUUGUAAAGCGAUAUGAUGAUGAAACAAGAAAAGUUCGGAAGAAGCGAGAGGCUUUUGAAUAUGAAUCUUGGCAAAGAAUGUCUGACAUACGUCAGCGUUUCUAUAACGUUACAAAGGAAACUUGCCGUUCAAGAGAAGCGUUUGAACUGUACCUGCCAGGAGAUGCAGGGUAUGGUGUAGAGAGACAGUUUGAGGCUCAAGGUCGAACAGCUCUACGUUUAUCUCAUUUCCUGAGUAACUUCUUACAGAACGUGGACGAGUAUGAACAGUUUGGUAAUCUUAAAGGUGAUAGACGAUUAAAUGAGACACAUAUUUUUGGUGAAGUUCUGUCAAUGGUCAUGGGUGACUUCAAGGUUCUUGGUGCUGGCGCUUACUUUGACCAGUAUAAAUUCCGAGUUUCGCCACCAGUAGACACAACUGACCCUCGUUAUUCUAAUGCAAUCACCAGAGAAUACUUUGGACCAUACUCCUGGCGUAUACAGAACCCUGGAGAUGGUCUUGAUGCAUUUAGAAUCAUAGAUUCUGCAGGAAUUGGUGCAUACAGAUACACAGAUAAACUCUGGUUUAGACGCAUGAAGCAAAGAUGGGCUACAAAUUUCCAUAGUCUGAAGAAGUUUAUCGACAAACCCAUGAUCCGAUCAAGUCCAAACUCAACAAGCUCAAUCAGAUUUGAACAUUAUCCAAUCACAUACAAAGCUCCAAGCUAUGAGGAUGGGGAGUGGACACGACCAGAGUUCAAGUGUGAUGGAUACAUUGAUGAUUGGGUAUCAACAUACACAGUGCCAUUCUUUGGUCUAAACAGCAUCAAAUCACAGAUAGAGUUCAAGGGUGUGGUCACCAUAGAUGUGAAGCUGAAGUAUCUAGACAUCAACCAGUGUCCAGCAGAUUUCUAUGUUGCCAAUGCCUUUAAGAACACAGCUAAAUGUGAUUUCAGAUCGCAAUAUUGUGUGCCACUCCCAGGUAAAGGGUUUGAGCAGGGAGCUUACAAGUGCGAGUGUCGGCAAGGUUACGAGUAUCCAUUCAUUGAUUUAUCCUGGUUCUUCCAUGGACAGACGAUGGAGGAGGAAUAUUCCAAGAAAAGACUUGGUGAACCUAACAGGUAUGACACAUUGAAAUGCCGUAUUGCUGGAGCACGUUCUGUUGCUGCUAACAUUGUCCUCAUUUUCGUUACCUCACUGACCUUGUUGCUAUGAGAGACACUAACAUCGUCAUGACAGCUACAUACGCAGAACAUUACUUCAUACACUUGUCAACAACAUAGACGGAAACUGGAGAUUCUUUCUGCAUAAACAGACAUUGUAUACUGUGAUUCAUUCUCAUCAUGUAAAAAACCUUAACAGAAAUUAUUGUGCAGCUUUAACAGUUCUUUAAAAAAAUAUUUGAAUAUGAUUUCUCCAAAGAAAAAUGAGCUUUCUAAACAAGGCUUAUUAAAAGAGGUUUAAAACACAGUUUUGAAACUUGUUAAGAACAUAGAAUGAAAUCAUUCUUAUUGUGUGAGACCUCCUAUACUUCUUGUGUUAAAGGAAAGAUAUAAACUUAUUGACACAAGUUUUUUAAUUUUUAAUCAAAAGUGCUUUUAUAUCUGGGCUCCAGGAUCUGAGUGCCAUUUAGAUAUACAUACAAAAUGAAAAUAUAUUGAGAGUAUUUAUAGAUUGUACAAUUACAUAUGUACAUGCAUUUAACAUUUUAUCUGUACACAGUAGUCAUAUGUUUUUUAAGUUGUUUUUUAUUGUCUUUUAAAAAAUUUGAAUAUUUUCAAAAUAACUAUUUUGGGGUGGGGAGGGGGUGGUAUUCAAUAUCCCUUUGCCUUUUUAAGAAUUUGCUUUACUGGAGAGAUCUGUAAGAAGAAAUUAAUGAUGUGAUUUUGCUUUGCAAACAUUUCUAACAACAGCAAAAAAUGGGGGAGUAUUUUUUAAUUCAAAGUUUUCUGUUACGGUUUUUAAUUUCUAUUCUCUUUAUUUUGUUACUGUUUUAAUUUCUGUUGUUUCACCUGUAAAUAAUCCAUAAACAUCUGUAUAUAGAAAAAGAUAUUUCAUUUAUACCAAUAACAUUCCGUCAUAUAUUUGAUUUGUACAUACUCAUAGAUAUAUGUUAGGUAUGGUGAUUUUCUUAGUGUAUAACACUAUAGGUGUUUAUGUUACUGUUGCCAUGCCCACUUGACACUUGUAUUAUAACAAUUAAUUGCUCAUGGUACAAUACUGAUAAGUCUGAUAUUGCAGUCAACUAAGUGUACAGUAUGCCAGUGGUCAUCAUAAAAUGUUACAGGAGAAUACAGAAUGUACGCAUUUUAGGUAUUAGGAAAAAAAAAUUUUAAUCUAAUGAACCAGAAUUUUUACAAAUUACGUGCAUGUUUAGGUGUACAUACUUAAAACUCCCACCAUAUCAUAAACUGACUUCUCCUGUUAAAAAAAGUAUGUUUACUUGAUCACUGUGCUAAGUUUUCUUGUGCAACAGCAACAACGAAAAUACUGUGUAAACUUUUUUAAGUCUACUACUAGUACAUUCAUAGAAAGAAUAAUCCUUAAUAUAAACUAUUUGCUUUUUGAAAAAGUGUUUCAUUUUGGCAACAGGGUUUUAUACUAAAGAAUAUUCAGCAGUUUUUCCAUUGUUCAGUUGAUUGAAGGAGCCUAUGCGGCUGAGUGGUAAUGGUCACUGACUUUAAAUUACUCGCCCCUCAUUGAUGUGGUUCCAAACCUUACUUGUGGUGUAGAAUUCUUAAUAGGAGGAAGAUGUCCAGCUGGUUAACAGGUCAGUGGUUCUGCACAAGUGCCUACCCUUUCCGUAAACAGUUUCGGAUAGGGACCUACCUCCAUCAGAAGCUGGAAAAGUUGCCAUAUGACCUAAACCCAACAAAAACUAAACAAAAUCAGUUGAGAGAUAUCUAUCUUGCAGUAUUGCAUUUGAUUAAUGCUUUAUUUCUGAUAUGUUUUUUUCAGUUCAGGACUUUUGAAACCAUUGAAUCUGUAUUUAAGUAUUUUGAGGACUCUAUUAUUCAAAGAUCAUGUCAAAAAUGCAAUAUUGUACAUAGAAAAUUUUAAUUAUUGCACAAGGGAAAUGUGUGAGAUUAAGCCACACAUUAUUUGCAGAUGUGUUUUUAUUGGCAUAUUGAUAGUUUUAAUGGCAAAUUUUCAGGAAUACAGUUUUCCCAUUCCACUUGUAUAAGAAUCUUUCACUGGUUGAAGGUGCGGAUGGAAAUAUCUGGCUUGAGGGUAACUGUUUAGGCAGUAACGAGGCUCUGCUGAGUUACCGCUUGAGCUAGAUAUUUCAGUCUGCACCUUCAACUAGUGAUAGAUUCUUUUUCUUGCAUGCUGUAUUCUUUAAUUAAUAGAAGAAAUGAAGUAAAACUAAUGCUUUUCUUUUGAGCACUAUGUUAGUAUAGUAGCUUAUGAAUUUACGCAUUCAUUCAUAAAUUGCAGCACACAAGUCAUCUUACACCCUGGGGUGCAAGACGAGAUUUUCCAGCAGUGGUAAAAACACAGGAAAAUCCUGUCUGGCAUGCAAGAAUAAUGUAAGCAUGUUCUUACAGUCAUCUUAUUAUAUGUAUAUUUAUAGGUUAUUAGCUUUGUAUCGGGAAAUAUGCAUGAGUUCUUCAGCGGAAAUAUUGUGCGACUUUAGGAGCGCAAUAUUAUUCCGCUGAAGAACGAGAGCAUAUUUCCCGAUGCAAAGAUAAUAACCUUUUUAUUACAUACUCACCGACACGUAUAAUAUAAUGUAAAUACCAUAAAUUUGUUCAAUAGCCUGAAUAGGAUUGACAAUACUGAACUAAAUAGAAAAGAAAUAGUGCAACAGCACACACUGAAUUACGUCACGCACCCGAUAUGAAAUUCAGGCGUCAGUAUAUGGAAAAAUAUUGACGUUUCCGGUACCAGUGUAACUUAACGGGGAAUAGAAACGAGUAUGUAAUAAUACCUCUUAUUUUAAAAGAAAAUUAGAUUGCUUUGUAUAUAUUUUAUACAUAGGAACAUAUCAAUCAGUGCAUUAAGCAUUAUAUUGUGAAUUUGUUAUAUACAUAAUGAAAUUAUGGAAAGGAAUAAGUGUGAUACUUUUGUAUAGUUUAAUUUGUCUAUAUUAUGUACAGCUAAUAUUUUUGUAUACUGAAUUUAUAAAAUAAAUAUCAUCUAAAC